UUCCAGCGCCGAGAUCUCGGCCGCCGAGUUCCGUGAGACCUACCAGGCCGAGGGGCGCGACGGGAACCCUGCGGUGGAGCCGGUCGCACCGGAGCCCCGGCCGAACGGCAUGCCCUCUGCCGGCGACGACGAUGAGCGCCGCUCGCGGAGCGGCACGCGUGAACUGGGGCGGGAGGUCUCCAAGGAAAACACGUCCCAGACGGCCGGGGACGCUACCUGCGAGCUACCAACGGCUGGCAGCUCAGCCGACAUGUUCACUGCUGUCUAUGUGACAACGCACUCUGACAGCGCCUCCGAUAGCUCCCGUGCACAGAUACCAAGGCCUUUCGACCCCAACUCCGCUCCAGAGAGACCGCUCCUGGCCGGUGGCUUGCCUCGCGCGAGCGGCGUGGGCCUGCAGAGGUACGAUUCGCCCUGCGGGAUGUCCGUCUCCAGGUCAACCACUCCGUGCGCAGUGUCUACCCAGAGUUACGACCCCCCAUACGGAACGUUCACCCCAAGAUCAAGUGCUCCGCGAGGAGUGUCCGUGCAGAGGUCAGAGCCCACCUGCGGCGAGAUGUCGCGGCCGGCGGCCGCCCCCAGUCGGCCCGGCUCCAGCGCCUCGGCGGCGGCGGCAGGCCGCGGCCCGGCCGUCGGCCGCUGCAGUCCGGCUGCCAGCGAGGCCAGCCGCACCGAGUCGGCACUAGCGCCGCCCUCGGACGCCUCCGGAACUGAGUCGGCGCGCCAUCUGGCCGGCGGCGGCGAGCACUCGCGCCACCUGGCGGCAGGAGCAGAGGAGGCGGCGCCCCAUAAGGCGCGCGCUGCCUCGGGUGCACACCAGGAGCCGGCAUCAUCUGGAGCCGCUCAAACGGUGUCGGACAGGCCUGUUGUCAGGCGAGAUGACCGACCCUGGUACGAGGUCAGCGAUGACGACUAGCAGCCGGCCGUCUGCGCGCCGCGCCGGGGGACCAGCCGCGCUCUCCUGCCUGCCCACCCACUGACGGCAGGCUGGCGGAGGACCGUAGCUGACCGAGUGCUUGGCGAUCGUCAGGUCACGGUCACGGGCGACCCGGUCCGCUCUCGCGACUACAUGUCUGGAAACGCUGGUGCGGAAUCUGGCGUCACGGUGCGGUCGCGUGGAAAGCGUGUAUACGAUUGCAAUACUGCGCAAAUUCACGAACUUUUGGUGCCGCCCAGGUGUGCGCAGCAUAAUUUUGGGUAUACGAGCGGCUGCCAACACCGAUAUUUAAACAUGUUAUUUGCAGCAGGAACAGAAGCGUAAAUGACCUUUGGUAAAGCCAUCCCUGCCCGCGCAAUAACUGUACGUAACGUGCUGCCUUGUACUGUCCGCACUUUGUGCGUUUCUUUGUCCUACGGGUACGGGUUUGUGUGAUGUGCAUGCUUGUUUCGCGCCUUUUGUGGAAGACGCGAACCAACCUUUUCCUUUGCUUUGCUUCAUGCCGAUUCUUGUUCGCACAACUCCGAACCACUGCUUACUGCAAGACGUGUGUUCAAGCUACGUUUAAUGCCAGUCAUGUCAGUAGUUGACGUUUUAUUUGGGAAUAACGGGUGGCGCGUGACGUGAAACAUAUUUAUGCGUGCACGCUGCGCGCUCGCAUUGCGUGUUCGUGACGGCUACGCGUGCUUUUUUUAAUGUUUUUCAGUGAUAUUUACGCUCCCGAGCAGCGGCUAUCUCUUUGUAGCACCGGACCAUUUCCUGCUUCAUGAGAAUAACGCCGUCGAUUAAAGGUCUAUUCAAUUUGGUGGCAAGUGGUCAUUUAAAACGAUUUAUCGUAUGGAUAUUUUUCCAAACAGCUUGAAUGUCCCGGGUUCUUUAGACCUUUCAUGUGGCAGGCUCUCGUAAAAACACCCAAUGCAUUCUAUGCCAUCUGUAUGUGCCUUCCUUGCUCAGUGAGAUGAAGCGAGUGUUAUUAAUAUAAUAUAUUUGAAACCUAUG